GCACGCGCACUAGGACAAAUGAGGUCAUAUCCUAAUUUCCUAGAAGGAAGAGGAAGAUGUAUUGGAAGGAAGAAAACAUCCUUUGUUGAACGAGAAUAAUGACAGUGAUAUUUUUGGUAUUCAUUAUGUGAGUAGUCAACAUAUUGACAUUAAAACAUUGACAGUGAUAUAUAUACAGACUGAGUAUAUACUGUCACGAUGAAGCUGAUGAGCAAUGAGUUUAAUGAUGAUCGUGUUAGCCAUGAGGAGCAGUUUUUCCGGAGUGGCUAUGGGCAGGAAAAAGCUCAUCAGCUUGAAGACUUGCCAUAUAAAUUGGUAGAGGAUAGAGGCUCAUUUCAUGUCCAGCCAGAUGAUGGCAAGAUGGCAGACUGUAUGGUGGCUCCAUCUAUGGUUGAGAAGAAGAACUGUGAAAUACCUGUGGAGAUGGGCACUUUGGCCAGGCCAAGACUGAAGAAAAAAGGGGCAAGCAAAGCCAUGAGGAUGAAGCGACAGACUUCAUGCACUUCCAGAAAAGAAGUCUCUUACAUUCUAAAAGGAGAGGAAAAAGAGAAAAGUGACCAAGAAAAACCCGUUGAAGAUUUGCUAGCAUCCGAAAAUAACCAAAGCGUUAAAGAAAAGCAAGCAAAUAGAAAUCAGAUUGCGGCAGAUGAGCCAAGCUUAGAUCAGAUUGCUCUGGAGAAGACAGAGCAGCAUUCCAUGAUUCCUCUCACAGUCUUGGAUCUUGAGAAACGGGAACCAAAAUCCCUAAGUUUCCGAAGAAACUCCGGUCCCCAGGAACAUGAGUGCUCUAUAACAGCGCUGGAGUCUUUUGAAUCUGGCCACCUUUGGGAGUUGGGCGGUUACUUACAGAAGUCAACCCCAAUCCAGACGAUAAAACCUAAGGUCCGAAAAGAAGAGGGUAUGCAACAACCAAAAGUAAUGCUUACGAAGGGGGGUAAAAUGUUGUUUGAAGAGCCACUUGAAAAAGGAACCCUGGAGAGCUUACUUGAGAAGGACGAGUUUGGUAUACGCAGAGUUUUUUCCAGUGCCGUUCAACACCAACCAAGUGUCCAAGAGAGCAUGAAGAAUGGGCCUGCAAAGCUUGCAGUAGACACAGGUGAUGGGUCUUCCAAAGAGAAAAGAUUGUUGGAAGGCACGCACGAUAACCCAAGUAGCUAUGGCAACAGAGCUGAUCUCCGUGGCAACCAAGAAAUAUCCAAGAAGUUCUUCAUUAGUCCCACUGCAAAAGAGCAUUUACAGUGCAGAGUGGAGAAAGAUGUGGCCAACUCCUUGCAGCGUGCAGCUGGCUUUGCUGAUGAAAAAGAAGUGUAUACUUCAGAUGUGUGUCCUGCUAACAAAAAGACGUUGAAGCAGCUUAGUAACAUGACGCUAAACGUAAUCCCAGAAGUGCAGGACGAAGGUGUGCCCAAGCUCCUUCAGGUUAUUAAACUUCUGAGCAAGAAAGAGAUACUGAGUUCCCUAAUGCCACAGAUCAGGAUCAUCUUGAAGAAUUUGGCUCUCCAGGACCAGAAAGGUGUAUUCAAAGGACUCCGAGAUGGUUCGCCCAGAGAGUGCAUAAGGCCAUCACCUGUUGCCAUGGAUACUGAGACAACUAUCCUGCCUCCAUUUGAGAAAGAGUCGAUUUUAAAGGAUCAAGGGCAAUCUGAGACUGGAAAAGAUGGCUUUCAUAAGGAAUCUGGGAGAGUUUCAGUGUCAUCUGCAAAUCCAAAGGAUGUGUCUAGUUGUCCAGAGUUCAAUUUUAAUGUUCCACAGCAGAAAACAGAGGACAUUGAACAGAAAUUACCAAAAGGCAACACCGUCUCUGCAACAGGUGGCAGUAUGUGCUUCCCAGGUACUGGCACACAGAAUGACAGUGAUGUCAUCCACAAGAGCAGUGUCAUCAUUGAGACCAAGAACAGCACUUCACCUGAUGACAACAACAGCAGCAGCAGCAACAGGGCUCCAUGUAGCAGUGGCAAUGGAAAAGACAUCAAAAGAGAAACCACAUCUAGAGGGAGUGAAUCUAAGAAGAAAAGAAAAUGUAAGAAAGGCAAGGGUCAGAAGCCAGAGGCAGACAACGGCGUCAAGAAUUCUGCAACAGUACCCAGAGCUGCUAAAAACGGAAAGAAGAAGAGAAACCCAGAAGCACAGACAAGAAAACCAAAGGUCAACAUUGAGGGUCAUGGUAAAGGUCAUGGUCAGAUCAUUUCAUUGACCUGCACGACUACUUUUGGUCAAACCAGCAGGGCCAGCUUAACCAGAAAGAUGAAAAAACCCCAGAGGAAGAAGAGAAGGGAAAAUGGAAAUACAGAAAAGAAAAGGAAAGAAGAGCCAAGCAUCAGCGGGGAGGUUGGACCUCCUAACAGUUACACUGAUAGAUGGUUACAUAGAGGGUCCCAUAAGCAGAUGUCAAAGCCAAGAUUUAUCCCUGAUUCACCACAUUUUGACCAAGGUUCAGGGUCAAAAGCAUUCAACAGUCUCAGGGUGGUCCACCGCAGACGUGGAGACGAAACAGGGUGUGGUCCACCUGAAGACAGUGGUGAUGGUGAAGGUACUGGUGCCACUGGCGGUGGCGGUGGUGGUGGGGAUUACAGCAGAGGAUUUGGAAAAACAAACAAUUCAAAAGACCAAGGGAAAGAUGGUGGUCAAAGAGACUUAAACAGUGAAGGAAAGGAGGAGGAUGGGUUUGAUGAUGAAGGAGGAGGAGAUCAAAGCAGACCCCACAGUAACAGGGACAGUCUCCGUAACGGACUCGUGAAGAAAGAUUAUAAGUGGCCACGAAAGAAAGAUGGUAGGCAACAUGGUGAAUUGAAGGAUAUGGACAUAACCACUGCUAUUGGAUGGCUGAAGGUGAAUAUUGAUCCAGGCGGAGAAGAUGACAUGGUGCCACAGGAACAGUUGGACAGUCACCACAUACAGCAGCAGGCUUUUAGAGAAUUAAACUUGUGUCUGCAGUUUUGGUUGACCACAGGACCUGCUGCUGGGAACCAAACUGAUUGUGAAAUUUGCGACCACCUCUCCUUUUUAUGCCGCCAUGUUGGUCGCUGUGUUGACACAAGAAGGGUGUGCAGAAGUUGUGAGGCCCUGUUUAACUUGUUCAUGUAUCACAUUAACAGAUGUGUUGAGGACGACUUGAAUGGCACUUGUAGUUGCUCUAUGGAGCUGUGUGGAAGGAUCAGAAGAAAACUGUACGAUUCACGCAAUCGUAUGUUUAAAAGACAGGAUAUUGUUUGGAACACCAUUAAGAAGAACUUCGGUCGUCAGCACCGUCGUCUUUCUCUCGGAAGCCUGGAAUUCCUGCAGAGCGACAGUAUGAGAAGUCUCCUGUCAUUGGGCGAGGAUAUACCUGAUGUCCUUUCUCUUCCUGGGUCAGCUAAUCAGAAUGCUGAAGACAACCCUCCAAGCUUUAACAGACUUCAACAAGCAGAUGGGGGUCAGGAGGUCAGAGGUCAACCUCCACCAGGGAAAGGACAGCCCCGUCGCACAGGAAGCACAAAAAGAUAUCAGCCAAAGAUGGAGCCCAUCAGUGAAAACUUUGCAUUGCACCCCCCACCACCAACUUCCAUGGGCCCUCCACAAUCUGUCCCCCAGGGUCUCCCACCCCUCAGUCCCAGGGGGUUGCAGGGUUUGGGACUGGCUGUCUCAGCUUCAGUUUCUGUAGCAGGUGGAAGAAAUUUGCCUGGAACUGGCACACCCACACCUCCAGGGGGAAGGACAGAGACGGAUGGUGGAGGCAAAACACCGCUUUCAUUUGCCAGGUACACUUCUGGCAAGACUGGAAAAGCCGGUUUUACCGAGGAUGUCGUCGUACCUGCUGCUCCUGCACAUGCACCAGCACGUGCUCCUGAGAACGCCCCAGCAGAUGUGAAGGAAACUCUAGACAGAAUUUACCAAGAAGCUGCAGCCUUACGCGUUGAGGCCAUUCAUCUGACACAGAACCCACCAUCUUUGAAUUUUCCAGAGGAGACUGAGUCCUUGCACAACCAAGAGGCCCUCUCCAGCUUCCUGCGAGGUAACGAUGAUGAUUCUGGUUUUCGUUUGGACCAGGCUGAUGUUCCCAGUGGAGGAGUUUUGCCUAAUUACAACCAGCCUGGCAGCCAUGUUGAAUUUGAACCAAUGGGGGAAGACGACACAGACAACCAGACUGCACUGCGAAGCUACAUGGAAGAUCUGCAGAGCGCCACCAGGGAGGAGCUGCGUGUUUACUUGAGCAAGGACAUGGCAUCUCAGAAACAGCAGAGGGCUCUGCUGUCUCCACAACCCGAGUCAGCGGUGCCACUCAGCCCAUCCCCCGAUCACUUGACUUUUGACCUCCCAUAUAAUGAUAAUGCCCUCCCGCCCGUGAACACUCAACCUUACAGCAUCGCAAGUCUACCCGUGCAGCUGAAGACACAAGUGUUCGAGCCAAACAGAAUUACCUCAGUGAGGGCAGCCAGCAGACAUCUCCCUGGUGUCGGGGAAGUGGCAUAUGGAACCCCGCGAAAUCUGAAAGAUUUGGCCAAGUAUUGGACAAAGGUUCGGGACCAUGUGGCUGCUGGGAAGAUGAUGCCACCUGGCAGAAAGGAGGAGGGGAUUAUAAUAAAGGAGGACCUGAAGGUUAUCAACGACCGCUAUGAGAAGGACUCACAGUGGUAUAAGUGUACGUAUUUGGGCAGCGGUGUAGCAGGGAGGUGCCAUAUUGCCCAGGACUUCAACAACGAAUUCAGCUUCUGUGUGAAGAAGGUGGACCUGUUGAAUUACAAUGAGGAAGAACUGAUUAUCUGGGCAGACCUUCAGCACCCGAAUGUUGUCGAGCUGUAUGGGGCAAUCAGAACUGGGCGUAAAGUUUACAUCUUUAUGCAGCUAAUGGAAGGUGGCUCACUGACAGAGUUCAUCAUCAGCCAGGAGUGUCUCAGUCCCUGGGCGGCACUGCUGUACUUACAACAGGUCCUGGAAGUACUGGUCUACUUUGCCGAGAAGAGAAUAAUCCACGAAGACUUGAAAGCUGACAACAUCUUACUGAAGGCAGAGAGCCUCCACAUUGCCCUCACUGACUUUGGUUUGUCCAGGCGUCUGGGACGCCACCAGAGGGUGUUGUCUCCUGGGCACAGGCCAAUAGGAGCCCAAACCCAGUGGAGCCCAGAAAAAGCUGCCAGCGAGGGUCAUGACUGCCGCUCUGAUGUCUGGGCGGCCAUUUGCGUGUUCAUUCACAUGUUGACGGGACACCAUCCAUGGGUGGACCUGUUGAAUUACAAUGAGGAAGAACUGAUUAUCUGGGCAGACCUUCAGCACCCGAAUGUUGUCGAGCUGUAUGGGGCAAUCAGAACUGGGCGUAAAGUUUACAUCUUUAUGCAGCUAAUGGAAGGUGGCUCACUGACAGAGUUCAUCACCAGCCAGGAGUGUCUCAGUCCCUGGGCGGCACUGCUGUACUUACAACAGGUCCUGGAAGUACUGGUCUACUUUGCCGAGAAGAGAAUAAUCCACGAAGACUUGAAAGCUGACAACAUCUUACUGAAGGCAGAGAGCCUCCACAUUGCCCUCACUGACUUUGGUUUGUCCAGGCGUCUGGGACGCCACCAGAGGGUGUUGUCUCCUGGGCACAGGCCAAUAGGAGCCCAAACCCAGUGGAGCCCAGAAAAAGCUGCCAGCGAGGGUCAUGACUGCCGCUCUGAUGUCUGGGCGGCCAUUUGCGUGUUCAUUCACAUGUUGACGGGACACCAUCCAUGGGUGCGUAGGUAUCCUGGCGCAGGACUAUUACACUUCAUUAUCAAAAUGAACUCUCCCCCAACUGAAGACAUACCUAGCAAUCUGCACCCCAAAAUUCACGAUUUGAUUUUACAAGGAUGGCAGACCAACUCUGAGAAACGUCCCUCAGCCAAGAAUCUCCUGAAACACCCAGCAUUCUCUCUGUUGGCAGAGAAGGAGUUGUUGACCUGGAGAGGUCCAUCACAGCCUGAGGUUUACCAAGUGUAUCCUGUAUUACAUGGAUCACAAGAGCAGCAACAAGAACAGCAGCAACAGCAACAGCUCCAGAGUCUCCAGCUGAAUAUAGACCAAAGAGGAUUGCAGCAGCAACAACAACAACAGCAACAACAACAACAACAACAGCACCAGGAAAUUGACCAAACCACCACAGUUCCCGACCUGGAGGCAUUGUUCCAGCACACCCUCUCUGUAGCUCAUUUCACAUCUGGAACACAAUCUGGUGGUGAGGCUCAUCUAACGCAAUCGUCUGUGUCACAUCCAGCACAAACAGGGAGUCCACAGUUGGGACAGUAUCCACUGUCAGAACAAGGACAUGCCUUAACAGAUCCAGAAGAACCAAACAGAGGACAUGAAGAUGAGGAAAGCAGCAACAGCAUACCCGAGAAGCAGGAUACUGAAGAAUCUGAAACCAAGGAAAAGGUCAGAAGAAAGUCACCUACUGAAGAUGAGGAGAAGAUUUCCAGUGAAAAUGAUGAGUCGCACCAACAACAACCUGCUAGUUUUGUGCCAGCUUUUCUGGAAGAUCUGACCCUGUCAAAGGCUGAGGAGGGCUUCAAGUCCCAGUUAUCUAUUCAAAACCCAAGUGGUGCACUUUCUAGCGAGAACCAAGAUGAAAGCAGCAUGUUCUCUAAAUCACAAGGCAGCAUUGUGGAUGAUGACCAACAAAGUACAGGACUUACUGGACAGGGCACUUGGACACCACAGGGCCAGUCUGUGCCCAGUCAACAGCAAAACCAUCUUGUCAGAGGUCAAAACCAUCCCCAUGGUCAUCACUCCCCCGAAGUGACCGGUUGUGGGUCUGAUGAGAAAACCUAUCGACCAGUUGCCCAGCCCAGUGGUCAGUUACCUAGACAGCCAAUGUCCUUGGCCCUUAGCACUGGACAAGACAACAACAACUCCAACAAUAACAGCAGAUAUGUACCAGCACUUGGAGAAAGUGUCUCUCAGCUGCAGAGUCCAAUGAGCUCCAGUAUCUUCCAGGCUCUGUUACCAAUAGAUGAAGAGCUGGGAGGCAUCAAAAGUGAUGAGCUUUAUGGUCCUGGGCCUGUUGAUGAAGGGGACAGUGUGGCACCACUGGGAGAGGCAGAAAGGCAGGGGGAGCCUACAGACCUAGGUGUUUCAGCACAAGGAGAAAAGGUCCCUGGGUUUGAUCAACCUGCAACAUCUACAUCUGGUGGUCAGAAAGUUGAAGAUAUGUCACAGACAUCUUGUCCACCUCCUGAUGUGACAAUGCAGAAAAUGGCUCCCUCUGGAGAAGUUGACAGUAUUCCUUUGGAAUUUGAGAGAGUACAGAUGUCAGCAAAUGAUGUAUCGCCCUUGAUGAAUAGAAAGUCUCUGUCACCUCAACUUCCCGUGCUGAGCGUUUUUGAGAAAAGUAUGUCAUCCAGUGUUUCCACCAUGACUGAGAAGAUUUCAUACCAGAUGCCCAACCCAGAUGCCACUCAGCCAAAUCCCUCUGCUGAAAAUCAACAGGAUCUCCAUGGCAAUGGCCAGCAGGGAGCAGCACCUUCUUCUCUACCCUUGAUACCCCUUGUGGUAGCAGAAUUACCUAACUCAACUAGUACAACAUUGCAGGACAAAAGCAACACGAGCUGUGAGUCCAAAUCCCAAGAGUCACCCAGACACUUACAUUUGAAUAUUUCCCAUGUGACCAGUGGCCAAUCAGAAUUGGGUUUCUCUGAUGACAAAAGAACAAGAUCAUCAUCUGCCCCAGGUUCUUCUGAGGGGGUUCAUAGACCAGCUGGAAGAAGGGAAUCCAGCCCAGCUCGACUGGGUGCUCAUGAGAUCCAGGGCCAGCAGGAAAUGACAGAUAUACCACAGCAAGGACUUCAGCAGCCCCUGGCAAAGAAAGGGUCAUCCCCAUAUCCCCAGCAGAUGACAGGGACAUUCACAGGUUCUUCCACAGCAUUGGGUGACAGAUGCUUUACACCAACUGGAAGGAAAUCUGCCACAACCGGUAGAGGAAGCCCCUGGGAUUUUUUGAGUCCCGCAAGACCUGGAAACGUGUUCAACACAAGAGCCAUGUCCACAAGGACCACACAUGUAGGCCCUGCCUCACGGGCCACCUCAACACCAUCUAGUGCCCAUUCUAUGGGACGAUCAAGUCCUUUUUCAAGAUCCAACACCCCUGGAUGGGCAAGUCCAAAGAGUCAACCUGCAACUCCCAUUUUGGGACACUCCAACUCCAGUGAGAGGCUGCGCAGUGGAAGUAGCAGCACUGGGGUGUAUGGGACACCACCCAGUCACAUGUCUUCCUCAGCAACAGAGUUGUCGAGGUACCGGUCACUUAGCGGUCACGAUGUGUCCAGACAGAGCUCCAAGUUGAGUCAAGAGGAAAGUGAUAAAGAAUUGGAAAGAUUACUGGAGGAGACUCUGACCAAGUACCAAGUGGACCAAAUGUCUCAGUCCGGCACAGAGUCCCCAGAGUCCAGCAUGCUCCAUCUCUCAGUGUUUGACAAAAUAGAGGGCGCAGUGCCUCACACUGAAGAUGCAUCCUAUGACCUUAGCACAGAGAGUAGCUACACAGACACAAGUGUAGGGGGAGCCUCUGCCAAUAUGAUCCUGGGCCCAGAUGAAAUGGCCAGCUUGCAGCAUCUGCAGCAGAAGUUCAAGAAACAAACUUCCCAUGACAGUUUCAAGAUCACCUUCCUGUCUGAGGAGAGGACUCUGCUGGCAGAGAUCAGAAUACGCAAUGGCGGUCACCAGAGGGAGUGGUCAGAACUAAUAAAACAGAUCAGCACGAAGGUUCAUGCAAGCGGCUACGCCAGGUUCACUGUGUUAUCACUGGAUGGUAGCCCUCUGGAUAUCCAUGGUAAUGUCACUAUUACCUAUGACACAACGAUGAUAAUAACGCAGAGAGAAGACGCCAUCAGUGCCACUUCUUGGUACAUUGAGAACGGAGAAGUGAAAUACACAGAUAAUUUUGGUGGCCAUUUUGAAAUGAAUUUGGAUGAUGGAGUACAUGACUAAAAGAUGCAUAUUGUAGUGCUUUCUUGUGUUUGGGGAAUCUUAUUUCAGAAGCAUCAUCCUUUGAGAGAUAAUGCCAUCUUACUUAAGGGAAAGAAGUUGAACAACAGAGAACUUAGUUGAUGCUGCAUUCCUGUAUAUUGAAAAGCACUAACUUAAGUGAAAUGGCUAAAUUUUACAAAAUUAUACAUAAAUAUACUUAAACUAUUAUAUAUUCAAGAUUUUAAACUUGUUAUUUAUCCUUGUUAGUGUAUUUUGUAUGCUAAGACAUAGAAAAGACUAUAGGUUCACUUAAAAUUUCUGAUUUAGCAAACAUUUUAUCGCCAUAAAUUUUUGGAUUGCUUGUGUAUACUAUUGAAGUGUGCUUCUAAAAUGCACUGCAUUUUGAUAAUAUUUCUUAAUUAAGGCCAACAGUGACUUCAUUGUUUCACAUUUGUCUAAAUUUUAGUUGAAUUUAAUGAGUAAUUACCGCAUUGUGCUUUCAAUUGAUAAAAAUAACGGGGUCAAUCCCUGAAAUAACCAAUUCAAGUCUCUUUUUGGAAAAAAGUUUUUUGUCACUUUAACAUCUAUGAAUGCUUUUCUUGUAAUGCCAAAACGCGCUUGAAUAAAAAAAUGAACAAAAAAAAUGUUGGUUUUAUGAUAUAUUAACUUAUUCUAACUUCCUAGUAAAAUUAAGACAAACUUACGGUGGAGCUUAUUAAGUGUGGUGAUGUAUAAACUGCAUUUAUAAAAUCCUCACGACUUACAAUUUAAAAACUCCUUGUUGAAUUUAAAUAUUUGUUUAACGGCGCUUUCUUCAAAAGCAGACCCUGUGCUUGUAAAAAUCAUUUUGUGAAAAACGUGGGACAAAAAUGCCCUUGGAAUAAGUUUGGGUCGCAUUGCAACAAUGUACCUGUAUGCGUAGUGAAAUGCGGACGUUAUUAACUGCCUUGGCUUAAAAUAUUUUAUUGAAAUUCUAUUGAUAAUCUUAGCAGUUCAUUGAGGGAUAAAUAUAAAGAGAAACGGAGGCAAAGCCAAAUGAAAUUUCUUAUUAACAAGCAUACCGAUAGAUGUUAGAAAUUAAUAAAAAU